GCGGCCUGACGUCAGCCUGGGGUGCAGUGUGCAGCGGCCACAGGUGGGCGUGUCGGGCCCGCCUCCCCGGCGCUACAAAACGGCGCGCGCGGGCACCCCGCAGCCACUCCACGGCUUUUCCCGCCGCGCCGCCCGAGCCGCUGCAGUUUCAGAAUGCCGAACUGGGGAGGAGGCAAGAAAUGUGGGGUCUGCCAGAAGACCGUGUACUUCGCCGAGGAGGUCCAGUGCGAAGGCAGCAGCUUCCAUAAAUCCUGCUUCCUGUGCAUGGUCUGCAAGAAGAACCUGGACAGCACCACGGUGGCCGUGCACGGCGAGGAGAUUUACUGCAGGUCCUGCUACGGCAAGAAGUACGGGCCCAAGGGCUACGGCUACGGGCAGGGCGCAGGCACACUCAGCACGGAUAAGGGCGAGUCGCUGGGCAUCAGGCAUGAGGAGGCCCCUGGCCACAGGCCCACCACCAACCCCAAUGCAUCCAAGUUUGCCCAGAAGAUCGGUGGCUCCGAGCGCUGCCCCCGAUGCAGCCAGGCGGUCUACGCUGCGGAGAAGGUGAUCGGAGCUGGGAAGUCCUGGCACAAGUCCUGCUUCCGAUGUGCCAAGUGUGGCAAAGGUCUUGAGUCAACCACCCUGGCUGACAAAGACGGCGAGAUUUACUGCAAAGGAUGCUACGCUAAAAACUUCGGGCCCAAGGGCUUUGGCUUCGGGCAAGGAGCGGGGGCCUUGGUCCACUCUGAGUGAGCUCACCGGCACCCGCCCACCUGCCCACCGCUGUGCUCUCUUCACCAUUCCCUUCCCGGCAGCUUCGGCGACCUCCAGGACUCCUCUCAGCCCUGCCACACGUCACUAGUGACUGGAACUUGGUGUCUGGCUCCCUUUGGUGUGGGGGUCUGCCCGAGCGAGCUCCCACUCCUCUCAGGGGCUCCCCCUGCCUGGGAUUUGCUGCCGUCACCAGCAGGAGCCCCAGUGGUUUUAAUCGCGGUGGGACGGCCCUCUCCCCACCCCUGCCCCACAGACCGCUGGUCUUAGCCUCCACCGUCACUGGCCAAGACCCUGAGCCCACAUCUCGGAGCCCAGUGGCAAGGGAGGUAGGGCCAAGGUGGGCCAGGGAUUACUGGACCCCAGCUACUCCCCUCUGCAGGAAAGAGGGUGGCCUCUUGGUAUGCCUCAGAACAGGCCUGGGGAGUCCCAGCUCAGGGCUGGGUGGCGGAGGUGCAGACAGAGAGAAAUGCAGACAGGGUCGUGGACUGCAGGAGCCAGCUUCUAGCUUUGGUGGCUUUGGGGAACCGUGUCAUCCCCCUCAGGUGGGAGGACACCCAGGCCUGAGAAUCCCAAAGCCAGAGUGUGGUCUGACCUCCCAGCACCGAGAUCCCUGUUUGACGGGGGGCCCUACGGAAACACCCCCAACACAUACUCCCGUUUUUUAGGGGCCCAAAUUGGAGAGUAGGUAGCUCUGCCCCCAGCCUGGGGUCCUGAGGCUGCUCUGGCAGCUCCCCCCUCUCCCCCGUCCCCAACAGCCCAGGCCAGCGCUCUGCUCCUGCCACGCCUGCUUGGCCCUCAGAUGUGGACGGAGACACACAGCUUCUGUCUGCUCUGGACACCCCCCUCCGCCCGGUCCUCAGAACCUUCCUGCCCCAUGAGGCCUUGCUCCUCCACCCGCCCUUCCCCAGGGACCUUCUGGCCACAUCACCCCCAUCCCUUCCAGACCCCCAGGUCAGGAGCAAGGGGGAGGGGCGGCCUCACUGCCCCCAGUGUUGGGAAGAACAGGGUAUGGAGCUGUCACCUGGAGGGGCUGCAGGGCACGGGCUGUAUUCAAGCUGAUCCCUCAUCUGGUCAAUAAAAGCUGUUAGAACAGA